CCUUAGCCUAAAGUCCACAGGGAUACCUUGUAGGUUUCUCUUUUUAGACUUAUUUUUCUUUUUUUCUGCUUGUUUUUGUGUGGAAAAUCCCCGUAAAGGUAAUGGUAAAUGUCUUGCCAUUCACAUGACCAUGGAAAGUGAGUAUGCUAAGGCCUAACUUAUAUGGUAGCCUUGCAUGAUGUUCAGCUGAUGUCUGAGAGACCAGCUUGUAUUUAGGCUGGUAACCUGACUUUGUUUUAAUACCUUUUUUAGCAUAUAAGGUGUGUGGUUCACAAAUGCUUUCUGUUUUUUUUAGUGGUAUGAUCUAAUUUCUGCAAGCUAAUUUUGGACUGCUCUACACCAUGCUACAAGUACACAAAAGCCUGUUAGUUUAGAGGCUGGGAAGCAGGAAAGGAACAGCACCUCAAUUGCCAAAUGAAAAUGCAGAAAUGCAAGCAGGGAAAAUGUGCAAUAAUUUGUCAAACCUUAAGGACCUCCCUUGACUCCUGAGAAUUUCUAGAUAACGGAUGAGUAGGGAAGAUGUACUCUUCUUAAUACUGAAAUACUCUGGUUUCUGUGUUUAGUGUGAAGGUAAGGUGGUGGCAAGUGCCCAUUGUGUGCUCAGGUGACUGCUUUGUCACCUUCUGUGACAAACGGGGCCCUUUUCUGUAGUAAGAGUCAUUUGCAUGAGGAGAUGGAGAAAAUAGGGGCUCCAAAAAGCAAAGCGAUUGCUGCAGAAGAAUCUGAAUUUAAGACUUGUGUCACAUUUUCAGAGCAUAAAGAACUGAAAUUGGGAGAGUUUACGUAUUCAUUACAUGAUGGGAAACCAUGAAGCAUUUAUCUUCGCAUCAGCUCCAAAAUACUAAUGAAAUUUCUUCUGUGACAAUCAUUUGGAGUGUUCCCCUUUUUAUACACCUCAUCUUUUCCCUGUUAUUUGUUUGCUGCAAAUGUGAUUUGAAAAAUGCCUGGGUUUUCUGUGCUGUGAACUGUCAUGAGCCCCCGAGGCAGGCAGGGACAGAGGGGCAGAGGCUGGCAGGGUGAGGUGGUGCCUGAGUGGUUGAGAUCCGAGGAGGAUGCUGGCAUUGCCUGGCAAAGGCGACUCUCCUGGAAACACUUGGAGACUUUGACAGCAGUUCUGAGACCACCCGUGGCUCCCAGGCCAGCUCUGUAAGUAUUCCACCCAGGAACAAGGAUGCCAUGGAGCUGCUCUGGCUCUGUGUCAGAGUAUUUUAGCCUCAGAAGAUUGAGGCCCUUGUUCUUUGCUCUCCCCACCCUGCAAGGCUCUGCCACCCUGCACAGUGAGGGGGAGCAGAGCCCUGGAAUGGGCUGCUUGGUCUUGAGCUGAGCUGCCCCAAUGGCUCCUGUGUUAUUUCCUGUGCUUCGGGAUGGCCAGCCCGAGGGGGAGGCAUUCCAGGAGCAUCCUCGUAGCCUCUGGGAAGGGCUCACCAACAACUGUUCAUGUGUGCAGUGGCCUGGCAGGGUCGUGAUGGCUCUGCUUGGCUGCCUAUGGGGUUUUAGGCACAAGUUUGGGAGGGUGGAGCUGCCUUUGGGAGGAGGUGUGCUCCUGGAGCCAGAGUGAGGGAGGCUCUGCUGGGCUUUGCACUCUCUGCACAGUUGCUCUUGUGAAGGACUUUCUUUUACUUUUUUUUUUUUUUUUUACCUGACUGAACAAAAUUUUUAUUAGACCAGUGAAAUUUCUGAGUCGUUUUGUACUUUGAAGAGUUUCAAGGAUUCCUGCUGAUGCUUUUCCCGAGGGAAGCCAUGCCCUACCACAGAGUCCUUCGCCUGGUUCUGCUAACGCUGUGCAGCAUCCUGGUCCCUGCUGUGCUGGCAGAGUACCCGCAGGACUCAGUCCCCACCCUCUGGAACGAGCCGCCCGAGGUGCCCUCCGGAGCCGGUCCCUUCGACGCUGCCACCACCACCGCCCGCCUGUCGGACGCCACUGCCUUCCCUCCGUACACCUCCGAGCUGGAGCCCGAGGACACCACCCACCUGCACCGGCUGGACGCUGGGGACGGCUCGCUGGGGCCUGGAGCUAUUGGUGCCAUUGUCAUCGCCUCCCUCCUGGGUACGUCCGUGCUCGUAGCUUUGGUCAUCAUCACACUGAGAAAGUUCUCAGCCUCCUGAACUCAAUAAAAAAAAUAUUUCUGUUACACAA